AUGUCCCAGAUGAGUUUGCACCCUGGCUUCGGACCUACCCGGGCUCAGUUUGAGCAGCCGGGAGUCCAACAAGCCGUUAAACCCAGAUCCCACAGGCCGAUCCCCAACAACAACCUGAACUGGAAGCCGCAGGCUUUCCGCAACGCCAUGGCUCGAGGUGAACGGCACUACGACAUCAAGGCGCAGGACAUCCAACUCGACCUGGGGACGGCCGACGCACCUUCGAAUGCUAUGGUCCACCUCAACAACAUUGUCUCUCCCGACGGGCGCACUAAAUUUGCCCAGGUUAUGACAUAA